GCGCGCAUGCGUGGUUGCUCUGCUGUGCCUAUCUGCAUGGGCGAGUGGAUCCAUCAAUGCAAAAAGAAACAUCUACGAUACCCUGGACGUGGAUCCCAGCGCCACACCGAGUCAGAUCAAGAAGGCUUUCCGAUCUUUGGCGCUCAAGUAUCACCCGGAUAAAAACAGGGGCGCAGAAGCAGAGGGGCGCUUCAGGGACAUAGCAGAAGCAGCAUUUUUCACCUCAAACUGACUUUUGUUUUGCCGUGAGCACAUCAGGCCGGAGGAAAUCCUGUGCCGCUUCAGCAAAACACAAAAUCUACACACAAAAGACAAGAGCUCAGCGUUUACCAGCCACAUCUACGUUUGGGAGAGCGCACUGGCAAAAUGAUGGAGGAGGUUAAGGAUGGCGCUGUCCUGAGUGUCCACGGCAACCGUAUCAAGGUGACGGAGGUGGUGAGAGAUGGAGACAACCUCACCUUCAUCAUCAUCUCACAGAAGCUCUCUGGGACGGGCGAGUACCAUGUGGCUCGCUCCUAUGACGACUUCGACUGGCUCCAGCAGCACCUGUUCUGUCAAGAAGAGGUGCCCGGGAUACAGGGCAUCAUAUUCCCUCCUCUUCCAGCCAAAGCUCAGGUGAACGCUUCAGCCAAAGUCGUCAAACAGCUGGGUAUUCUGGCUCUGGGAGACUGGAAGCCCUACGGCGCUGCACUGGAGCGCUUUCUCCAGCAGGUGGCGUCUCACAGCGUCCUGAGCAAAAACAAGGCAGUGGAGGACUUCCUCACCAGCUCAGAGCCUCCGGGUCGACAGAAAACCAAGAAGAACAUUUUCAACCGUCUGAGCCAAGCCGUGGAGGGGAUGAGGAAGGAGGGACAUAAGGACGUGGAGGAUUUCUUCCAGACCGAGCGAGACUUGAACCACACUUUGACCAGCGGCACUAAACUCGUGGCAGAGAAAUUUCUGGAUGUGGUGCAAACAGAACAAAAGAUCUCCGUGGCCUUGGGACACUUCUCGGCGGCGCUGCAGAUGUGUGUAGAGUCUGGAGACGACCCGGACAAACAGGCUUUCUCCAGGGUUUGUAAAAAUCUGUCUGAAGUCUUCAACUCGAUGGGGAAGCACAUGGGGAGUGUGGCAGAAAACAACAUGAAUACUCUGGGUCUGGGGCUGGAUCUGGAGGCUCGAUACCAGGAGGCGGAGAAGGAAAUGCUCUUCCGGAGAACGUGUAAACUGGUGGAGUUAGAAACAGCCAAGAGAAACGCAGAGAAGGCCAAACCUGUGAAGAAGCCCCUGAUGGAGGAGGUGAAGAAAACGACAGAGGCAGAGUUCAGUCAGAUCAGCGCGAUGGCCAAACAGGAGAUUAAACACUUUAAACAGGCGCGUGUGCAGAUGUUGCAGCAGGCUCUGGUUCUUUGGUGCGAAAAGCAGCUCGUCACAGCCAGAAAAAACACAGAGCAGCUGAAUGUGCAUCUGGAGACGGUCAGAGGGUUGGCCUAGUCCUGCCCAACGACUCUCUGCUCUUUAAGUUUGAUGUUAUUUCGUACUAACUGGACCCACCCUACUCUGCAACUCUAGCCUGGCCAGCCCAGACUACACACUUUUCUUUUCUAUUCAUAUGGAGCACAAUAGUCUCACUCACUCCGAAACCUGGUUCUGCAAGUAAAUUUCCCAUUAAUUUUUCCCAUAAAAAGUUUAAAGUUCUGAUAUUACGCAAAAUUGUAGUGGGAUUCUAUAUAACAAACCUUCAAAUUCUUAUACUUAUUUCGAUUUUUUUGUAAAGUAUGGGAAAAAUGAAUGAAAAGUCCUUCCAGAAGUGGUGGGCAGACACUGUUCUGAUUGGCUUGAUUGACAGAUGAACUAUCCAAUCAGAGAAACACAUGGUUAGUAUCAAAACAAACAUGGCGGCUCACAACAUUUAAAAUAACAUGAAGUGCUGAAAAACAGUGUGGAUUUUUGCAGAAUCGAUGACUGAACAACUAAACUGUUAAAGUUAAUGUAGAGUUUAAGAUUUAGUUCUGGAUGAUGUGAGAUUAUUUGAUAGAAAUUGUCUUCUGCCAUUAAGACAUGUGACGCUAACAGAGCUCAGGAUUGUGUCGCCUCAGACUAAUGUUAAAACUAUGAGAUUUUAAAGGUCCUAUAUUACACAAAACUGACUCUUGUGAACUUUAAGUCGUGUUCUAAUGCUGUUACCUCCUCAAAAAUAGACCUGGAGUUGUGUUUUGUUUUAUUCACACAUGUUUGAGUAACACUUUAUUAUUAGUCCAUUUACAUCUCCAAAACUCAAAAUGCUCUGUUCCACCUUGUGAUGUCAUGAAAUGGUAGUUUUACCUUUUGUUCAACAGAAAUGGGCAAUUGCAAGGCUGAAAUGAUCCAAAUGAUUCUAGUGAAGGUCUGUGGAGUUUAAAAACACAGACCUGGAGUUGUGUUUUGUUUCAUUCACACAUGUUUGAGUAACACUUAUUAUUAGUCUGUCACUAUUUUUUCCUUUAGUUCAGUAAAGAUUGGCAAUUCCAGAGUUGAAUUUAUCCAAAUGAUUCUAGUGAAGGUGUAUGGAGUUUAAAAACACAGUGGAGCACUUCCUGUAUCACCACAUGAUGACAUCACAAGGUGGAACAGAGUGUUUUCAGCUUGAGAGAACAACGCCAAAAUAUGCAGGGUUCGUGUGUUAAACAUGUGUGAAUGAAAUAAAACACAACUCCAGGUCUGUUUGUGAUGAGGAGACAUAGAUCACAAAGCAGCGUCAUAUGGGGCCUUUAAAAUUCUAAAAUGCUAAAUAAUCACCGUUUUGAUUUUUUGUAAUGUUUUAAAUUCCUGUGUGUUUGCUGUGAAUGUGACAAUUGAACACUUCAGAACUCAGGUGACCUAACGAAGCGUCUGCUGCUGCGUCGCUAGAGCCGAUUCUGUGUCCUGUUUGAACCUCACUCUGAAUAAACUGUGAUCAACUGUAACUGUCCCACUGCUGCCUCCGUCAAAUCACACACACCAUUAACCCGACACUCCGUGGGUUUACACUGUCUGCAGGGCCGUGUAAAGACGUCUGCAAGUCUGUUUCUAUAGUCAGAUUAAAGCCCCACUGUGUAACA